AUGCACAAGUUCCCGUUGAAAUCGUGUGAGUUUGCGCUGAGGACGGAGACCGAUCUCGCACCGUGCAACAUGAUCGAGUCUCGCUGCAACACCUCAUGCGCUUGGGAGACCUUCGUCCACAAGAUCAACAAUAAACUGCAGUACGACAACAUCAACCUGAUCCUCCAUUCCCCCGAGGACCCGCCGACGAUAUCCGCGACAAAGUCAAUCAUCUCCCGGAAGGAAAAACUGGUUACUGAAAUCGACGUAUUCGUUAACUCUCGAAGAGUGGAGCGUCUCGGCAGCGCCACUUCAGCGUGCAUAUCCGACCCAGCCUACAGCGAGGCCCAAUGUCGCCAGCGGUGCGUCGAGCCCUGCCACCCGCGCGCACUCUCUCGCCGACCCGAACACCCGACGUGGAACAUCGCAAACCACCAGUACGCCUGCACUAGCCCCGUCAAAGAUGUAGACUCUGUGGAAUACCAGAAUUUAACCGACGUCCAUCACAGGUGCCUUGAGGAAUGCAGACCGCGGUGUUCGGUUCAUCUGUUCAAUCACUUUGAGGUUAGCCGGUUUUCCUACCGGGCAUCCUCUUAUUUCCGGGUGGUAAUGCAGCACCAGACUCAAUACCAGACCAAAAUUGGAGAGAUAAAGGCCUACCCGCUCUCCCGCCUCCUAGCUGACCUCGGCGGCAGUCUCGGGCUGUUCCUCGGCCUUUCCCUCCUUUCCUUCUGGAUGAUGCUGGUGCGUCGCCUGCAAGGACACAAGACAACAAAAGCCGGGAGAGAACCAAGUUCGAAUGGCUCGAAACGGCAGGAUACACGAACAGCAUUUGAACAUAAGGAACCCAUUCAAGGAGCAGAAACAAAUAGCGGUUCUCCAGCUUGCCCCGAGGUUACCCACGAUGGUGAAAAGAGGCUGUCGUUGAAACUUUGGGGAUGGAUUGGUGUUAUGGCCAUGAUGGUCGUCAUGUCUGCGCACAUCAUCACUGCCAUUUGCGCAUACAUCUGGCAGCCUGUCAUAACGUUGCUUAGUGUUGACAAGAAUCCACAGUCUUUCCCCCAAGUGACUGUGUGCCCUGACAUGCCUUUUAAGUCCCAGGUUCUCGUUGAGAAUGGUAUAAAUAAUUCAGAUUAUGGGUAUCUUUAUGUUAACAGAGAUUCCAUACUUCAUAAUCUUCUCCAGAGCUUACCAGGAGUAUGGACUAACAAUACUGCAAAUGUGGAAGUCCUUUGGAAAGAAGCGGCAAAGGACGUUUGUGAAAUUGUUGGUUCGUCAGUAAAUUUCGAUUGCUCGAAAGCGAAAUCCAAUUCCAUCCUGACAACGAAUAAUAUCUGUUACAUACUAACACCGUCCGAUAUCACCGGCAAGACACUUACACUGAGCAUGAUCUACGAUGACCUGACAGCAGAAGGGAAAAUGUUGGAUUGGGAUAUAUCGAGAUCUCAGAAGACACUCUGGGUCGCGAUUCCAGAACGGGGAGUUCAGCCUGUCCUUAUUGCGAAGCAUCAGAGCUACGCCCAUGUAUCUCGAGAUAUAGAGAGCUUCGGAGCAGAGCUGAUGCUGACAACGUUGUCAGUGGAACGUGCUCCGCCUUGUCAGCCCCUGCCAUAUCGCCGCACCCCAUGUGUCCACCAAUGUCAGCUGGAGAUGGCUGCCAGAGACGCGGGUUGUAGUUUGCCGUAUAUCUCGGUAGCCAACCUUCCUGUAUGUCGCACACAAGAUCAGUAUCGCAAUAGUAUUAAAUAUAUAGUGGAAACACACAGUCAUCCAUUUACAACGCUAAACAUAACAGAUACGUGUGAUAGCCGUUGUCCCAAAGAAUGUCAAACGCAGUAUUACCACAUAGACCAGAGGCACGAAACGCAGCAGGAAAAUGAUCUGUCGCUUAGAUUCUCAUCAGAUUACAACCUGAACGUAAAGGAAUACUAUUCUCAGUCGUUUACUAAAUUACUGUGCGAAUUGGGUGGCAUAAUCGGCCUGUACGUGGGAUGGUCGGUUAUGGACGGGGGAGAAGUUUUAAUCACAGUUAUAAAGGCAUUGCAUAUAAGAGUCAGUCGAGGCUUCGAACGCCGAAUCAUAGGACUGGUGAAGCCGAGUCUCAUCAUCUCGUGUUUGCUGCUGGCCUUUGUACUGUGGACGGAGCGUCUUUACGAGUACGUGUGGGCUCACCCGUACUACACCAGCUACGAAAUACGAGCCAUUCGUUCUCGUAAUUUCCCCUCUCUGACUGUGUGCAGAUGGCCUCCCUUCAACUUGUCGAAGCUCAUGGAUCUUGGGCUUCAGUAUGACGUUCAGAAGACAUGCAGAGACUACGGACGCUUCUAUACGUGCUCAGAUGGCACUAUUACGGUCUUGCAACUACCAGGCUUGUGGUCAAAGCCACUGGAUUAUGUUUGGGAAGCAUCCGCCUGGCACCUGUCUGACUUGGUGACAGGCUAUGAGCUUGACGGAAAGUUCAUUAAUGUAACGAACGAGGAUGCUGAUGGGCGAUGGCGGGCGGUGACCACGGAGCAAAACAGGUGUUUCACAUUCACCCCGGACGCUGUAGGAGGCCUCACGUCCUACGCCGUAACCCUCAACACCGCCUACAGGGGAGAGAAACGCCCUCGCUACGGCAACAACACGGCCAACCUCCUGCACAGCUCUCUGCGCCAUGAGAACGAGGCUCAUACACUCCUUAGGCUGCACGACGCGCGGGAACAGGUGUACCGGUUCGAGGAAAAGGAUUUCACUCGCGAGAUGGACUACCAUCAUUCGCCGUCUGUGGUAUUUGUCGUGGACGUGACGCGCGUGACAACGGUGCCAAGCCCAGGUCGCGAGUGUGAUCCUUCCCCUCUUUAUUCACAAAAGGUUUGUGUGGCACAGUGCCAGGCUUCCCGCCUGGCGGAGCUGAUCGGCUGCCGGUUGCCGUAUCUCACCUGGUCAACCCUGCCGCUCUGUAAUAGUUCCUUCCAGUAUCGCAAAUUCCCGCGCCGGUUAGGCAACCGAGAGGUCUAUAAGCCUUUUGCCAGCGGCGAAGCGAAGGCUGAUGCGGGGGAUUCCAGCUGCUAUGACAACUGCUUGCCAGCCUGUACGUGGAACCAUUACAGGACCUCCACGACCACUACUUCCUCGUACAUGAAGAAAGUAACGGUUAUGUUCUCACAGUCCACCUACGACGUGGUGGCGGAGGAGGACGGCUACACGUGGGCGCAACUCCUGAGUGACGUGGGCGGCGUGGCAGGCUUCAUGAUGGGCGCUUCCCUGCUCUUUCUCCUACAAGGUCUUCUGGGGCUGAUAAAGACGCUAUUCGCGCGCUCUUCGAAUUGA